AUGAAAGAAGAUAAUAAUAAUAUAAGUAAAAAAUUAAGAAAAAGAAAAAAAAGAAAAAGUAGAAAAUUUUCUUAUCUUUCAUUUAAAAAAGAAAUAGCAAAUUUAUAUGAGAAAGAAAAAAAUAUUUUAAUGCAGAUGCAAAAUGGGAAUUCAUUACCAGAUAAUAAAAAAAUAAAUAAUUUGAUAAGUAUUCCUGAAGACAAAUCAUUGACUAUUCUUAAUAAAAAUGAAAUACCAAAUAAUUUAAAAAACAAAACAAUUAAAGAAAAUCUUAAUUGUAGACAAGGAAAAAAAAAAAAAAAAAAGAAUGUUUUAUACAAUUCAAAAAAUAACAUGCAAGAGAAAAACUUAAAUAGCUUAAUAAAUAUUUUCUUUAAUGAACGUAAAGGUAUAAGUAAGAUAGGUAAUAGUAAUCAUAAUGUUAAAAAUAAAAAGGGAAGUAUUACUGAAUAUUCUUCUGUAGAAAGUAUUUGUAAAAAAAAAAAAGGAAAUUCAAAAAAAAGUAAUAAAGAAAAUGAUGAUUUAAUAAAUGAACUACUACAUAUUAUCAUUACAAAAGAUAAAAUAACAAAAAUUAAAAAAAAAUUAUUAGACAAUUGCUUAGUAAAUUUUGUUAGUUCAAAUAUGAUGAAAUAUGUUAUAAGAAAAACUAAAAAAGAUAUUGACUUUAAUAUUCUAAAAACUCUUUUGGUUAUUAAUGUCGAUGCAAAAAAUAUAGAUUAUACUUUGAUUUCUAGAAGAAAAAUUGAAAUGCUGACUAAUUGCAUAUUUCCAAAAGAAAAAUUAAGAAUUAUUAAACGUGUUUUAUCUCAAAUAUUUAAAACAGUCUCUAUUAAAAAGAAUUUUUCAGAAGAAUUUAAAGAAAUAAUAAUAUCGAAAAGUGACUAUAUUUCAUGUGUUAAAGCUGUAUCAUCUUAUUUACUAAAAAGUGAAAAAAAAAAUACAAAUAAUUAUAAAAAAUUUAAAAAAAUAUAUGAAUUAAGUGUGAAACUUUUGAAACAAGAAAUAGAAAAUAUAGAUAAUAUAAAAACUAUAGAAAAUAAAAAGAAUAACUCUAAAAAAGAGAAAAAUGAUAAAAUUAUAAGAUCCCUUGACUACAUUUAUGAAGAACAAAAGGGACAAACUAAUAAAAAUAGUGAACAAGAAGAGGAGAAAGAAAAAGAAGAAGAGGAAGAGGAAGAGGAAGAAGAAGAAGAAGAAGAAGAAGAAGAAGAAGAAGAAGAGGAAAAAGAAGAGGAAGAGGAGAAAGAAGAGGAAGAAGAAGAAACUGAAAAAGAAAAUGAAGAAGAUGAAGAACAUGCAGAGGAAGGAGGAGAAGAAUCGGAUGAGAAAGAAGCAGAAAAUAAUGCAUAUAAUGAAGAUGAAGAAAAAGAAAAAGAAGGAAAGGAAAAGGAACAAGAAAAAGAAUAUAAACACAUAUUUUGUAAUGAAAAACAAAUACAUAUAAACGAUUUAUUAACCAAUUUGAAUAAUUACAAAAGUACCUUAGAUGCAGAAUAUUCAUUAAAUAAUAAUAUAAACAAUUCAAAUAUUUUAAAAUUAGUUAAUGAAGAAAUAAAUAAAAGGGAUAUGCAAAUAAAAAGCCUAAAAACUUAUAUAAAUUUAAUGGAAAAUGAUAUAAAAUUAUUAUUUGAAAAUAAUAAAAUAAUGAAAAAAAAAAUUGAGGAAAUGGAAAUGAAUAUAAAGAAAAAUAGUUUUCAAAACAUUCUAGAAGAAUCAAAAAAAGGUAUAUUUGUCAAGCAGAGUGAUAUUAUUUUAAAUAUUUACGAAAAGGCUCACUUAAAUUUCAGUGAUAUUAAGGAAUUAAAGGAUAAAAGAGAUUAUAUGAGUAUUUUAAAUGUAAAAAUAGAUAAAAAUCCUUUUAAUUUUACCAAUAAUGUAUCUUUUGAUAAUAUAAAUAAAAAUUCAUCUAAAAGUUCAGAUAUGAAUGAGACAGAUAAUUUGAAAAAAAAAUUGAAAAAGCUUAUAAAAUUACUGAACUUAAAUAUGUUUUCAAAAAACAAUGAUGGAGUAUAUAUUAAUAAAAUGAAAAAAGAAUUAAAUUUAGAUUGCAUAAAUAAAGAAAUUGACAAACUUAUUUAUGUGAUGAAAAAUAAUAAAAUUGCUAAUGAAGAAAAUCAGAAAAAUAAAAUUCUUAAAAUUAAAAAUGAUUCCGCUUUAGAUAAAAAAAAAAAAGAAAGUGAAUUAACUAUGACUAAGAAUAACAAAAAAAAUAGCACUCAAGUACAAAAAAUAAUGGAACAAGAAGACAAAAAAGAGCAAGAAAAAAGUAAAAAUAAAAUACAAAAAAUUUUAGAAAAAAAAAAAAAAAAACUAGAAAAAAACCCUAUAAUUAAUAACAAAACAUAUUCAAAAAAUUGUGAUGAUCCAAAUUUCUUGAUUUACACUAAACAGAAAAGUGAAAAGACUUUUGAAAUUCUAAAAAAUAAUAAAUCUAAUAAGAUAAAAAACAAAAAAGAUAUAAUUACUAACAGUUUUAGUGAACAUGUUGAGAAGCAUUUAAAAAAUGAUUCAAAUGAGAAUAAAAAUGAACAUAAAAAAAAUAGUCUUUUGAGUAAUUUAAAUUCAUAUAUGAAUUCUAUCGAUUACAAAAUACAUAAAAUUUUAUCAUUAGAUACUAUUAAAAAAAAGGGGGAAAACAAUUUAAAAGGUGAUGUUUCUGAUGAUUCAUUUUUUAAGAAUGAAAAGACAAACAAAAGAAAAAAUUAUUUUCAAAAGUUUAUGAACUAUUGCAAUGAUAGUGAAGAAGAUGAAAAUAAGAAAAAUUCAAAUGAUGAGGAACACAUCAAAUUAUGUAAUGAAUCCCUUAGUAAUGGGAACAGAGAUGAUAAAAUAAAAAAAAAAUUAAAUUCGAAUAAUUUGAAAAAUAAUUUGUGUAAUAAAAAUGUAUUAGAUUUAAAAAAAAAAGUAACCAGUGAAAUUUUAUCUAAUAAUAAUAAACAGAAAAAAGGGAAAAGUAAAAAUAAAAUCAAAAGCAAAAAAAAAAGAAAGAAUAAAAAAAAAAGUAAAGGAUAUAAAAAAAAUGAAGAAAAUAGCAAUUUGAUAAUCCAUUCUAAUAAAAAAAAUAAGGAAAAUGAAGAUAUAAAAAGUGGCAAGCGUAUGUCUUAUAUAAAUAAACAAAACAAGAGGAAUGAAAAGAACAUAGAAAAUGAUAAGCAUAUCACUUAUAUAAAUAAAAAAAAUAAAAGAAAUGGAAAGGAUGCAGAAAAGAAUAAACUUGUUAAUCAUUUAAAUAAAAUAAAUGAAAAUGUAACUGACAGUGGUGAUAGUGUUGUUUAUAAUUAUAAUUUAUAUAAUGCCAUUGAUGAUUUAAAUGCUCAAUUUUCAAAUGUUGUAAAGAAUAUUCGUAUUGAUGGGAGUUUUCAAAAGGUUGAAAGUAUAUAUGAAAGUGAUAAAGAAAAAAAUGAAAAGAGUGAAACAGUAAAUUCUUCAACUAGAGAGGAUAUUGACAAUUUUAGUUUUCAUUUUAAGACAGUAAAAAAUGAUUAUAAUUUUAUUGAAGUUUUAUCAAAUGAUAAAAAAAGAGAGAAAAAAAAAAAUAUAUAUGAUGAAUAUAUAACUCAAGAAAAAGCAAUUGAUGGAAUUAUUAAAAAAAAAUAUAUAAGAGGAAUAUUAAACGUUAGAAAACAUGAUUAUGGAUUCAUUAUUUAUAAUAAUAAAAAAAUUCAUAUCAGAUCAAAAAAAGACAUGAAUAGAGCAAUAGAUGGUGAUUCUGUUGUUGUUAAAUUAAAAAAAAAUAUAAAAAAUGAAAUUAUUGGAAAAAUAGUUUAUAUUGAAGAGCAUCAUGGUUCUGAUAUACAGUAUGUUUGUAUUUUUAGAGACAAGAUAAAAAAUCAGAAAUUUAAUUUUGCUAUUCCUUUUAAAAAAAACAUACCUUUAAUAAAAGUAUUAAAUGAACAUAUUAUUGAAUAUAUGAAAAAAUAUCAUAUAAGAGAUAUAAGUAAUCAAUUAGUUUACAUUAAAGUGUUUAGAUGGAACUCUAACGAAACCUUUCCGGAAGGAAAAAUUGUAGAAAUAUUAGGGCAAAAUGAUAUUUUUCAUAAUAUGCAAAAUGCUAUUUUAUUAAAUCAUAAUUUAAAUUUCAAUUUAAAAGAUGCUUUAGAAGAUCAGCAUAUAAGAGAACUAAAAGAUAAAAAUACUUAUGCAAAUAUUAUAUCACAAGAAAUAAAAAAGAGAAUCGAUUUAACAAAAAAAUGCAUUUUUACAAUUGAUCCAGAAACAGCAAGGGAUUUAGAUGAUGCUAUUAGUAUUAGUAAGAUAAGUAGAAAGAAAAUUAUUAGUUGCAAUUACUACAUUCAAGUUAUUCACAAUUUAAUUGUUCAUAAUGGAGAAAUUGAAGAAAAUAUUUUAAAAAAAAAUCUUUCUUUAUUUGUAAAAGAUGAUAGCAAUUUUUUUAAUAUUUUGAAAAGUAAUAAAUAUGUUAAGGAAAUGGAAGAUAUAAAAUAUGAUAAUUUUAUGAAAGAAAAAAUUGAGGAAGAGAAAAAAAAAAAAAUAAUAACAGAAAAAAAAGCAUUUAAAAUUUUAACAAAAAAAUGUGGAAAACAAACUAAAACUCAUCAGAACAUUACAUCUGAUGUAAAUAAUGAAAAUUUUGAAAAAAAUAAAAUUCAUGAUGAAGUAAAAAGCAAAAACAAAGAAAGUAGUAAUGAAAAUAAUAAUUCUAUUAAAUUUAUGAAUCAUAUUAUGAAUGAUAAAUCAAUAAAAAUGAAUGAUAAUAGUGAAAAUUCUAAUGAUAAUAAUAGUAAUAGUGAGAAUAAUGGAGAUGAUUUUUUUCAAAUUUCUAAUGAUUAUAUUAACACAGAAUCGGAUACAGAUAAUAUAUUAGAUGAUAUUUAUGAAAUAAAAGGAACACAUAAAAAAAGACGUAAAAUCUCAAGAAAUGAAAAAAAGCAAAAAAAGAAAAUAUACACAGAAAAUUUUUAUAAUAUUUUUACUGAAGAUUCAGGAUAUGAUAAUUAUAAGUAUAGAGAAAAUGAAGAAGAUUUUUUCUACUGUAAAAUAAAAUCAGAAGAUGGUACCGAUAAUGAAAAAAAGAAAAGUAAUAAAAAAAAAAAAAAUGAAAAAAAAAAAGAAAUAAAAAAAGAAAAAAAAAAAAUAGAUAUGCUUAAUUAUGCUUCAAAAUCGGAUGAUGCAUUUGAAAAGGGGCAGAAGAAGGAAGACAGUGAGGAGGAAAAUAAUACAUAUAAUGGAGAUGAAGAAGAAGAUGAAGAGGAAGAGGAAGAGGAAGAAGAUGAAGAGGAAGAGGAAGAAGAUGAAGAGGAAGAGGAAGAAGAUGAAGAGGAAGAGGAAGAGGAAGAAGAUGAAGAGGAAGAGGAAGAGGAAGAAGAAGAAGAGGAAAAUGAAGAGGAAAAUGAAGAGGAAGAAAAACAGAAAGUAGAAAUACAAAAAGAAGAAAUAAAAAAAGAAAUAUUUAAUAACAAUAAUGUUGAAAAAAAAAAAAUAGACGAAGAAAAGAAUAAAAUGAUAAAAUUCCAGAAAAUAUUUUUAGAUAAUAGUGAUUAUGAAUGUUUUUUUAAGAAUGAAAGAAAAGAUGUUAAAAAGAAUAAAAAAAGAAAAUUUUCAGAUAGCUAUGAAUUUUUUUUUAAAAAAGAGUAUAACAAAGAUAUAGGUUAUAGUGUAUAUGAUAAUCAUAAUUUAUUUUGUGAAAAAUGCAAAAAAUUUAUAACGUUAGAUGAUAUUAUAAAAGAAAUGAAAGAAGAAAAAUGGAAAAAGUAUAAUUUAUAUGAAGUGGGUGUUCAUAUAACAGAUGUAUCAUUUUUUAUUAAAGAAAAUUCUUCCUUAGAUAUUGAUGCCCGUAAUAGAGCAAUGACAAUUUAUCUAACUCAUACAUGUUUUCCAAUGAUUUCUAAAAUUUUAAGUGAGGAAUUAUGUAGCUUAGAUCCUGUAAAUAAUCGUUUAUGUUUAUCUAUUUUUUUUUACAUGGAUAGUACAGGUAAAAUUGAUCAUAAUUCCUUUUUCAUUAAAGAAAGCAUAAUAAACAGCAAAGUAAAAUUUACCUAUGAAGAAGUUUAUUUAAUUAUUAGAAAUUACACAAAAUUAAAAAAAAUGGUAAAUAAAUUAAAAAAAAAACAACAUGAAUUCUUUAAUAAUCAGAAAAGUAGCAAUUCUAUUUUUGAAGAUAUAGAUAAAAAUUCUAAAGGUAAAGAUAGUAAUAGUAAUAAUAUUAGUAGUUCUAGUAAAAAUAAAAAAGAAUAUAUUGAUAGAAAAAAUAAUAUUUAUAAAAAAUUCUUAAAUACACAUUUUUACAAUAAUAGUAAUAAUAAUGAUUCAUGCAAAUAUCAUAGUGCCGAGGAUUUAUCUACCAUACUGAAAAAAAAAUUUGAUGAAGAUAAAAAGGCUCAUAGCGAUUUUAAUUUUGAUAAAUUUAAUCAUUUAAAUGAAAAAAAUAAUUCUAUGAAUAAUUUAGGAUGUAAAGAGGAAACAAAAUAUAAUAGUAAUAAUAUUAUUUUAAAAAGUGCAAAUCAUUUAAUAAAUGAAAAAAUAUUAAAAAAUAGUAAAGUUAAAAAAAGCAUAGAAGCAUUAAUAAAAAUAUUUAAAAAUUUAAGUAAUUCAAAACAUAAUUUAUCAAAUAAAGAAAUAUUUACUAUUAUAAAAAAUUUAUAUGAUAUGCAUAAAAUAACAAAAAAAGCAAGAGAAAUUAGAAGGAAAAAUGGAUCUUUAUUAUUUAACAAUGACAAGAUUAAUUUUAUCUUAUCUGAUGCAUGUAAUCCAAUAGGAAUAGUCAGAAAACAAUAUACUUUUUCUAAUUAUAUGAUUGAAGAGUUAAUGUUAAGUGCUAAUAAACUAAUAGCUAUUCGCCAAUAUUUUAGUAAAUAUAGAGACAUAUCUGUUUUUCGUUCACAUAGUUUAAAAAACGCAAUAGAACUUACUGAUAUAAUUGAGUUACUAAAAAAGCAUGGGAUCCAUUUCAAAGUUUGGGAUUUACAUCAUAUUUUAAAAUAUUUAGAUGAUAAUAAAAAAAAUUUUAAACAUGAGAAAAAAAAUAUUUUUGAUAUUGUUUGUACAUAUGUAAAAAAAAAAAUGAUUAGAGCUGAAUAUCAUACCUUUAAAUAUAUAAAAGAUAAUAAUAUGAGUACAUAUCAUUAUGCUCUUUCCUUUUUAUUAUACACUCAUUUUACUUCACCAAUUAGAAGAUAUCCUGAUAUUUUAGUUCAUCGUAUUAUUAAAAAAAUUAUUUGUGACGAGGAUAAACUAAAUAAAAAGAUAUGCACAGAACAAGAAAUUUUAAAAACUGUAGAAACAUCCGAUAUUGGAAUAAUAGAAAAAAUUUGUGAAAAUUGUAAUAAUUGCAAAGCAAAAUCGAAAAAAGCACAAAUGGAUUGCGAAAUAGCAUUUUUUUGUUUGUAUUUGCAAAAACUUGAUUAUCCAGGAUAUAAUAGAGGAAUAAUUAUGGAUAUAUACAAGGAAAAAUCUUCAAUUUAUUUCAAAUCUUUUUCAUUUGAAAAUAAUUUAUAUCAUUCUAAUCACGAGAAACAUUUUCAUAAAAUGAAUAAGGAACACAUUAAAUAUGUUUCAAAUUAUGUCAUCUACCCAAAUAUUACAAAACAAGAAUUCACACUUGUUCUCUAUAAUAAGAAUACAAAAAAAGUUAGAUUACGAAGGGUUUAUAAGCGUUUUGAUUAUAUACCAUUAUAUUUUAUUCCCUUAAACUCAAUGCCCCCAUCUUAUUUUUUAGCUGUUGCGUUUAACAAAUAA